ACGGACUCUGGAAGCAUCAUGUCUGCGAAUGAUUUUUUAUCAAGUAACCUGUCAGAAUGCAAUAGUGUACUGGAUUUACCAGCUACAUUCAGCUUACCAGUUGGAGAUGGUCAGCUAAUGUCUGAUGAAGAUAUUGAUGGAUGUACUUCAGAGUCAACUGUGAACACUUUAUUCUCAGUGAAGCCUACAAUAGAUACAGGUUCAGACCAUCCAAAUUCUGAAGAUGGCCUUGCUGAUGUUGCAGAGCUGCAUCCAAGCAGUCAAGAUAAGCAGCGAUGUACUGGCAUCACACAAACAAUGGAAGAUUUUUUUAAAGAGACAGAACAAAAGAAGCCUUUGGAGUCUAACCCUCUUUCGGAGAAAAUUGUACGCCUGUUGACCUCAAAAAUUUCACAAUUGAAACAAGAGAAGGGUGGCCAAUAUCUGCUUCGAAGCUUUCAAAUGGCACUGGUCUCAUUUCAUACACAUGGUCCUGAUAUUUUCAAGCAAGGGAAUGCUAACAAUAUGCACUUCUGCUGCUCUGUCAGUGCAGCUGGAGAUUCUGCAGAAUUCCACCCUUUGCCUGGACUCUCACAGGAUGUUGUCAGUUUUAUACAACAGGAGAUUUUAAAGUGAAGAACUAUGCAUAACUUAACCAUCUGCCAGAUACAGACACCCAACUUUUGUAAUAAUAUUGUUAUUAGUUGUUGUUUCUUGGUACAAACAAGGAUGUUGAUCUGUUAUAUUUUGUGACAUUUAAUGCCUAUAUAAUUACUCCAACUGUAGAAAGUGUAUUUGCAUGAAAAUGAUCUGAUUUCCAUGUUAGUGGAAGUAUUAAUCUAUUUAAACGGGCUGGUAUCCAGGUUAAACUAGCAGAAGAGGAUUUAAGCAUUUGACCCCCAACUACAACUAAGUGUGGUAUCCAGACUUACAUUUUAAAUUAUGUGACUGAUUUCAUCAAAAAACAUCUGAAGUCAUUAUUCUGGGAGUUUAUUUUACCUGCAAUGCAAGGAUUAAUGACUCUGUUUAGUAAAUGUGGAACAAUUGCUAUGAUAAUUGAACCCCAUGUCUUUGACCACACUGCUACCUUUUCAAUAAAAACAAGCAAAACAG